ACAACAGGUCAGAGUAGGAACGGGGAAAAUAGUUUUUGAAUUUUGUGAACUGUUACUGUUAAUAAUUUCAUGGAACCUUUUUCAUGUUUGAUGACCAUCAAGUUUAUUGACUUGAUACUCAUCAAAAGUAUGUUGUUUUGAUUUGUCGUCCAAAGCUCUAUGUGGAUCAUAUUUUGUUAUUAUUAUCAUGGUGACUUUUUCUCCAAAAUCAAUUUAAUCAUUCAUCGAUCAAUCAACUCAAAUUUUUCUGUUUUUAAUUUUUGUUGUUAUUUUUUAUUUAUUUGCAGUAUGAAAUUAAUCAGUUUUUCAGUAGUUCUGGUUACAAUUAGCUAUGCAUGUGUGUUUUGUAUUUGUGCAUGAGUGUGCAUGUCUGCUAUUGCACUGUGUUAAUAAUGUAUUGUGAUGCAGGUGAAGCUGAAGUUACUGGUGACACUGAUGAAAGGCCCAAAUGACGAUACUGAAUAUUUUGACGUCAAUGUGCUGACUCCUUCAGAAAAGAAAAGAACUAAUUGACGUGGGAAUACAAGUUGAUAUUAAACCUGAGUCUCCUUUUAUAGACAGCAUCCUUUCCAGUGACAGCAAAUUGUUUUCAGCCACCGGCCUUCCUUCCAUCAAACUUUUAGACUCCUUGGUCAUUUGUUUCGAUAAAAUUGCCCCAGAUAGCCCUAGACAAAAAAUUGCCUUGUGCACUAGAGAUAGAAUUAUUCUUACUAUGAUCAAGAUAAAAUUAGCUAUCAGCUUUUCUGCCUUAGCAGUUCUAUUUGAUGUUACUGUUCAAACCUGUUGCAACUAUUUUUAUGACACGGUUGGCAUUUUAUCAAAGGUUUUACAUUGUAUGGUAUUUUGGGCAGAUAAAGAAGAUGUUUUAAAGAACUUGCCUAAAUGUUUUAACCGCUACAAAUGUACAAGAGUCGUCCUUGAUUGCUUUGAAGUGGCUAUUGAAAAGUCAAAAUGUAUUCAAUGUCGUGUGCGCUCGUACUCGCACUACAAAAAGAAUAACACUGCCAAAUUUUUAGUUCUCAUCACGCCAUCCGGCCUUGUAAGUCACAUGUGUCCUGCCUUUGGUGGUAGAGCAUCAGAUAAAUGCAUAACAGAACAUUCUGGAAUUUACCAGUUGUGUGAUCCUGGGGAUGGAAUUAUGGUAGAUAUAGGAUAUGACAUUGAUCAGGAAUGUCUAGACAACAUGCUCAAACUUAUCAGACCAACCUUUCUGAGAAAAUCAAGGCAGUUCACUCGUGCUGAAUCAGUUGAGUGUGCAAAAAUAGCAAGAGCUAGGGUUCAUGUUGAACGUUUGAUUCAAAGGAUUAGGCAAUAUCAAAUUCUCAAGAACAAGGUCCCCUGGUGUAUCAUUCCCUAUCUUGAUGACAUAGCAGUAAUUGUAUCAGCUCUAGUAAACUAGGAAACCCCAUUUUAGCUAUGGAUAAGAAUUGAAAUAAAUGUAAACCAUAGUUGGUUUUGUGUACUUGGAAGGAACUGAUACUGUAAAAUUUAACUACUAAAUUUCAGAAACAAUUUCUUUGUUUUUAAUAAU